AUGUUCACUUCUUACUUGGAGAAAAAUGGGGAGAAAGUUGGGAUUUGUGUAGGUGUUGAUAAGUCAGAAGAAGGGUAUGCUCGCAAGUUGGUUGAGAAGUUAGGGUUUUCAAUGGGUAGGGAAGUGAAGAGCUUGAUUUUGGAGGCCUGUGUUGCUUUGGAGGAGUGGGAGAACCAAGCAUUGUUAGCCAUAGAGAAGGUGAGUGAUAGGGGCCUUGUUGGGAAACAAAAGUGCUUGACGAGGAAGGCCUCAUUUUUGCUCAUGAUGGCGCAUGAUGAAUUCACUGUGUCAGAAUUGUGCUUACAUUAUUUGCUCGCAUCUCGGAAUCUUGAUGAGGUGAUAUUUUCAGCUUGUGUUAGUAAGUUGAAUGGUGAGGAGAUGAUGGCCUUGAUUAAGUACUUGAGAAAGUAG